AUGACCGCCGAGUUCCCUCCCCUGGCAAAUGUGCCGAGUCUGAUCUCGCGGUACACAUCAAGCCAGAAGGAGAGGGACCUCCUAGAGGAGUAUGCAGACCUGUAUGCCAUCCUGAAGUCGACGGAGAAGCUAGAGCGGGCGUAUGUGCGGGACGCCAUCAGCGCCAGGGACUAUGAGCCCGCCUGCCAGCGCCUCAUCGCCCAUUACCGCACCCUGUGGAGCACGGUGUCAGAGAGCGUGCCCAGCCUGCAGUCCUUCAUGGCCACCUACGGCAUGCAGUGCCCCAUGGCGGCGCGGCGCCUGGCCCAGUCGGGCAUGCCCGCCACCGUGGAGCAUGGCCGGGCCACGAGCAGCGGGGAGGCAGGGUACACCGCCGCCGUGGCGGAUGCCGUGGGGCAGUUCAUCACCACCAUGGACGCCCUCAAGCUGAACAUGGCGGCUGUGGACCAGGUGUUUCCCCUGCUCUCAGAUUUGACCCAGUCCCUGAACAAGGUCCCCACACUGCCACUAGACCUGCCCGGCCGCCUGAAGCUCAAGGCCUGGGUGAGCAAGCUGCAUGGCCUGCCCGCCAGUUACGAGCUGGACGAGGGCGAGGCGCGGCAGCUCCUCUUCGAGCUGGAGGGGGCAUACAACGAGUUCAUGGCCCACCUGCCCCGAUGA